GUGACGUCACGUGCAUACCCUCUGAAGUAGCGUCCUCAUUCUGGAGUACUGCUGUACUGCAUACUUAUCUGUGCGCAGCGCAGUGCGUACUGUAGUACGCAAGCGAUCUGCGCCUGUGUGCUGGAGAGAGGGGGAUGGGUCAUUGAGUUCAUUCGCACUACAGCAGAUCCGCUGUCUCUCUCGCUUCAGGAAUAUGUGUCAGAUGGAUGGCGAGGCGAAAAACAAGAGCUUUUAAAACAUGGUGCAUACGGUACGCGGCUCCGCGCUUCGCUUGACCUUUCAUCAGGACAAAGGAAGUCGAUGAGCCGCUCCUGCCGUUUCCAGGUCAGCCGAGGAGACUCGCCGGUGCUCGAUAAGCGGAAUAAUACCGAGCGAGGCGAUGAAGCGCCGUGAAUGAUUAUGGCCGAUAGUCACCGAAGGGACACGGACAGAGGCAGAGGCAGGAUGGCAUCAGGAUACUCGCAGCAGUACGCGAGCGGCAAAGCGUCAGACAUACAGGAGCUGGCGUCCAAGCGCGUGGACAUCCAGAAGAAGCGCUUCUACCUGGACGUGAAGCAGAGCACCCGCGGACGCUUCCUGAAGAUCGCCGAGGUGUGGAUCGGCCGAGGCCGGCACGACAACAUCCGCAAGAGCAAGCUCACCCUCUCCAUGUCCAUGGCGCCCGAUUUGCGCUACUGCCUGGGCAACUUCAUCGAUUAUUACGCGCACAUCGGGCUCCGAGGAUGCCAGGCGCCGGAGGGGCAGAGCAACGGCAAGGGACGCGCACCGGAGCCCCGCCGGAGAGCAGCGGAUCCGGCGGCGUCCCCCAGCGGCUCUGCCGCGUCCGAAGAGCAGACGCACCGGGUGCUGAAGAGCGAGUUCAUCGAGCGCGACAACAGGAAGUACUACCUGGACCUGAAGGAGAACCAGCGCGGCCGGUUCCUGCGCAUCCGGCAGACCGUCAACCGAGGACACGGGAGCAUGGGGUACUACGGGCAGGGCAUCGAGCAGACCAUCGUGCUGCCGGCGCAGGGCCUGAUCGAGUUCAGAGACGCGCUGUCGCCAUCACUUAUGCACUUCGGGAUUAUCGCCAUCUAUGGUUGA